UCAUAGUGUAAUGGUAUAAUGUAUGGUACAGUAUAUUAUGGUGUUUAAUGCUGAUGUUUAGUUUUUAGGUGGAGGCUGGUAGUUAAUGCUUAGAAACUGAUUUCAGGAUUAAUACAGCUGAAGGGGGGGGAAGCUGUUCAUUAAUUUUUUUGGGCGACAACACAGACUUCUGUAGCGUUGUCCUGAUGAGAGAUGUACAAACAGUCCAUGGUGGACCUUGAUAAUACUUCUCGCUCUCCACAAGCAACGCUUUUUUUAAAUGUCCGUAAUGUUGGUCAGCUGUGUUCCAACAAUGUGUUGGGCAAUCUUUAAUCAAGCAGCCAUUACAUGCAAGAAAAAAUGCUUUCAAACAGUCUAUUUAGAAGUACGUUAGAAGAAGUCUUUUUUUUGAUGGAGAAGAAUCUACUGGAGCAAGCCAGUAGAAAUAGCAGUUCAUAUUCUUCUCACACCACAAGGGGGCGCCCUGAGACUGCUUUAUACACGAACAUUUAGCGUUAAAUAAUGAUUCUCCACGUGGAGCUGUUUGUCACUACAUAACUGAAUGUCGGUUGAAGAAGACGGUAGUGCUGUCAUUUUGUAUCCCCAGUGAACGGAGGUAAGACCAGUCAGACAGGGUUUACAGGCAAAUACCUGGAAAUACUCGUGUCUUAUUUCAGGUUUUAAUACCACCAAACGCUAGCUCACACUGUAUGUAGGACGACCGAUAAAAUCUAAAACUUUUUGACUAUCUAACACGAGACUAGGCUAGUUUGGUGUUGCUAGCCAGGAACAACUAAGCUUGAUAACACCAUAAGCAAGUUUUAUGAUAAAUUAUUUUUAUCUAACUUUUAAUAUAAUAUAAUAUAAUAUCUUUUUAUCUAACUUUUUGUCCAGUUUUCACACUCCCCCCGGAAACAGUCUAUUUGUACGUUUUUAAAAGUUAUUAAUUUUUUUAUUUAUUUAUUGGGAAGAAUCUGUGCUCAGACCCGGAUGAUGAACAGUCCAGUUAACGCCCCUGACAGACACACACUAAAAUGGACUGGCCGUCCCAGCAAAUUCAUUCCCAGAGCAGACCAUCUGAUGCAAAAAGUAUUUUCCAAGAACCCCACAAUUUCAUCACAGGAUCUGCUAACAUGACUAAGACCGGUAAACCUGACGUGUACUGGUAUGACAUCCUGUGCAAGUAUGCCCAAGGGAAGUACCACUUUACAACAGGCAAGAAGCCAGGAGCAAAGAAGUGGAAGGAUGCGUUGCACUGGAUUGAUAACUGUCCGUCACACAACCAGACCCGUAUUUACGACUUCUUUGGGAAAAGAAUCCCUUGCAAAUGCAGUUAUCAUAAGUCUACUCAGCAGACAGGGUUAAGUCCAGGGAGUCAGCCUAAGCAGCCAGCCCUACAGACCAGUACAGCCAUGCAGCCAGCCCCACCGACCAGUACAGCCAUGCAGCCAGCCCCACAGACCAGUACAGCCAUGCAGCCAGCCCCACAGACCAGUACAGCCAUGCAGCCAGCCCCACAGAGCAGUGCAGCUAUGCAGCCAGCCCCACAGACCAGUACAGGAAAGCAGCUAACCCCACAGACCAGUACAGGAAAGCAGCCAGUGCCACAGUCCAGUAUAGGACUGCAGCAUGGUGAAAUGGGCAUCGUUGUGCCAGAGAUGCAGGUUGAAGGUCAGGAGGAUGAGACACAUCCAGAUGUCACAAUAUGUGAUUCAGCUGAUCUCAGUUUAGACACUUCACACAUCUCCAGCUGUCCUAACAUACAUGUUGAUUCAUUCAACUCAUCAUCCCAGGAAACCAACAUUGCAAGUGAUGGCUCUCACUUUCCUGACAGUGACACUAUUGAGGACAUUAACUCUGGUGUUCCUGACCCAUCAUCUCCGGAUGGUUGGUGUGAUUCAAGGGGUGUUCCUGGAUGGGAGGCAGUGGAUACCUUGGCAGGGUGCCUUGUUGGUCUCAACUGCACUAUAACUGCUCUGUCAACCACUGAGAUAUCUCAGAUUUUAUGGUUGUAUUCUUGUCUGUAUGCCAUUGACCAGUCUCAUAUAAAUAUUCACUUAAAUGCAAGAGGAAGACCUUGCCAGGACCUUGAAGAGCUUCCCAGAAGAGAAGUGGCUUGGCACCUGGUCAGCAAGCAGCUGAGAGCUGUCCACUUGAUUGGAGCAUUCAAGACAGCUGGUAAUACCAGAUGUGAACAGGGCCUUAGUUUCACCUCUUGGCUAUCAUCCAUGAGCUAAUGGACAAGUUGAGAGAGCCAACCAAGAAACUUGUGG